GCCGAGCUGAGCAAACAAGGCUUUAGUGGGGGGGAGACUGGGCGGCCCAGCCAGAAGCUGAGGGCCCGGCUACUGGACGCCAUGGAGCUCCUGGCUCUGGCACUGCUGCUGCUGGGCUGCCUCUGCAGGUCAUUUGCAGCUGAAGAGUCCUGUGAGGGCCGCUGUGACAAGGGCUUUGACAGUCAGCAAAAGUGCCAGUGUGAUGACCUGUGUGUCUACUAUCAGAGCUGCUGCAGCGACUAUUCCAGGAUCUGCAAAACCAAAGUGACCCGUGGGGACGUCUUUCUGCAGCCGGAGGACGACUACCAGGAGUACUACGACUUUACCAACGGCACGGACCUGGUGCCCACCCUCUCCACCCCGGAGGCCACCGUGAACCCUGUGGACGAGCAGGCCUCAACAGACCAGAAUGCCUGGACAGAUGAUUAUGCCGGGACAGAGGAGGAGAAGUGGUUCGUGGACCCUACGGAGGGAACCUCCUGGGGCCCCACAGAGGGCCCAACUCUGCCAGGAGAGGAGGAGCAGGAGGAGCAGGAGGAGGAGAGCCUGUGCAGCGGGAAGCCCUUUGACGCCUUCACCAGCCUGAAGAACGGCUCCAUCUUUGCUUUCCGAGGCCAGUACCUGUACGAGCUGGACGAGAAGAGCGCCCGGCCGGGCUACCCGAAGCUGAUCCGGGAGGUCUGGGGCAUCGACGGCCCCAUCGACGCCGCCUUCACGCGCGUCAACUGCCAGGGCAAGACCUACCUCUUCCAGGGCAGCCUCUACUGGCGCUUCCACGAGGGCCGGCUGGAGGCCGACUUCCCCCGCAACAUCUCCCAGGGCUUCGCCGGCGUGCCCGACCACCUGGACGCCGCCCUCGCCCUGCCCGCCCAGAACUUCUUGGCCGGCGAGCGCGUCUACUUCUUCAAAGGCAGCCGCUACUGGUCCUACGCCUUCGCCCAGCAGCCGAGCCGCGAGGAGUGCGAGGAGACGACGCCCUCGCUGGUCUUCGGCCACUACGCGGGCCUGCAGCACGACAGCUGGGAGGAGGCCUUCCGCCUGCUCUUCGGGGCGGCCGGCACAGGUGAGGCCAGCCGGCCUAGGUUGACCAGCCGCGACUGGCGCGGGCUGCCCUCCCGGCUGAGCGCGGCCAUGCUGGGCAGGCUGUACGUGGCCCGGAGCCCCUCCGGGACGGGCGCCGGCCGCAGCCGGGUCUCCCGCAGGGCCUCCCGCCGCCGCCACCGCAAGAAGUACCCGCGCCGGCAGCAGCACUGGGGCCGCUGGGACUCGUCGUUGUCGUCCUUCUGGGAGACGCCGGGCGGGGUCAGCUCGGAGUCGUCGGACCGGGACUGGCUGGUCUCGCCCUGCCAGCCCUUCCAGAGCGCCUACUUCUUCGUGGACGACAAGUACUACCGGGUCAACCUGCACACGCGGAAGGUGGACUGGGUGUAUCCCCGGUACCCUCGCCCCAUCGCCAAAUACUGGCUGGGCUGCCCCCCUUCGGAGGACCUGCUCUGAGCUCGGCCAUGGAGCCCCCUGGAUCUGCUGACCGGCCAAAUAAAGGCUCCCCCCAACCAGC